AUGACUCUCCCUCCACCUACCGCUCUUUGCCGCUCCCUCUGCCCAUCGCACUUUGUCGCCACAAUACGCGAUUAUAUACCACCCUGGAUUAGCGAGAUCCAGCGCGAGUCUUUGAUGCAGAAAUUUGACCUUUUCCGGAAAUUGAUUGGUGACGGCUCAUUUCAAGUCGUUGACGGCGUUCCCUUCCCAGACGUGAAUUGUUGCGAAGCUAUGAUGCCAGCGCUCCGACAAUUUAUAAAUCUGCUAGACGAAGAUCAAGAAGGGAAAUGUCCUGUCAAGUAUAAAGAGGCGAUUGGACUUAGUUUACAAGAAGUCGAGGACAUACUAGACCACGCACUAAUGCUGUACGACUACUGUGCUGGACCGGAAAGCCUGGAAGGUCGGGUGUGA